CAUGAUGACCACCGGUUUUCCUGCAAUCUCCCGUUUAGCAAUCCUCUCUGGCAACUCCUCGGCUUCUUCCAUGAAAACCUUGGAGAUAUCGCUGCGGAUGUUAUGCUCUGCCGCAACCUUCAACAUCUCUUCCAUUUCCUUCACACUCGAAUGUAGCGAUCCCUUCACCACAAUUUCUCGAAACACUAAGUUAAAAGCGUCAAACGUGAAGCCCGACUCUGGCAAGCCCAAGACGACCGCAGUGGCUCGUGGGUGGAGUUGCUGCCACGACCUUCCGUGAAGUCGAGGAUCUGCUGAUUGGCCUCUUCUCGCUUGCGGUUGACGUAGAGAUCUGGACC